UGCCUCAAGCACAGCCGAGCAGAAGAAGUGCAUCAAGCUGCAUCGUCUCACAGUCCAGAGCUCAACAGACUGCGGAGCGACUCCUGCAGUUUCCCUGCUCCUGCAAUCAAAGGGGCUUUUGUGAGCCACAGAAACCCUGAACCCUGAAGGAGUCUGGGUGAGAGGCUGGAGCCAGGAGAGACCUCUGCGCUGUGAAGAGAUGGUGGAUUUCUCUUUCCUCAGGGAGAAGCUGAGGAUCGGAGGAGUGGUCCGCAGUGUGUCGGUGGUGGUCCUGCUGCAGAUUGUGGAGCAGCUCACGGAGCAGACAUUCUCCUGUCCCUGCAAUGAAUUCAGACAGUGGUUUGCUGCCCUGUACUUCGCUACUCCAGCUGCAGUGCUUGUAGUUCUCACAGCCGCUGCUGCUCGCUGUCAGAAGAGGAUUCUUUUCAAUCCGUGUCAAUGUGGACGUCCGUGUAGAAGCCCAUGUGGAAGCCCAUGUGGAAGAUACUGUGAAGAUGGGAGCUCAUUGUUCAAUAUGAUUCCGAAGUGUCUCUACCCGGCCUCGUGCUGGAUCGUGAUACUGCUGAUUGAUGGCAAGUACUUUGCUUGCUUCGCUGUCUCCAAGUGUGAGAAUGGAACAGUAGACAUCAAUGAUGCUGAGGGUAUGAAAUAUCAAGCUGAAUCCAAAGUCAGUGGAUUCGCCAUUGUUCUCAUUUUUGCUGUCUCUUACUUCAUAUAUUUGAUGUUGUUGUGCUGUAGAGAACCAGAAAAGAAAUAUAAACACAGGUACAAGAAGACACAGAGGAAGGAGAGAGAGGAGAGUGUCAGGAAGUUUGCAGAAGAACGUGCCAAGCAUGAGGUCAGACUGAUCGAAGAGAUACUGUAUGAACAGAAUAAAAAUGAAUCCAAAGAGACUCAAAAUAAACCCAUACACUUUAGUCCAGAGGUAGUAACUAGACUGCUGGAAUAUCAAAUUCUCUGCACCUCUGAAACCAAGUUCCCUUUACCCUGCUCCUACUUUCUGAACCUGCAACUGAUCAGAACCAAUUAUAAACACUGUACCCUAAUGCUGAGCCUUUACCUUCUCACAGAACAAAGCCCAGUCAAUGGGCAGAACCCUGACUCCUCUCAGACCCUAAGACUGCCUUUAGACCAGGUCCUAACUCCAAGAGUAACCCUUACUCUUCACACUAACCCGACUGUAACCCUUACCUUUACCAGUGUUACCUUUAACACUGACUCCACACUGACACUGAGCUUCAAAUCUUCCAAACGUGAAAACUGCACCAUCUAUAAGAACACCUACAUCUUAGAAAUAACCUCUGACCCCGAACCUCAAUUAAAACUCACCCCCACUGGCAAACCUGUACCUGCUGGAGUCCCGACAUAUUCAGUAACCCUGCCUUCACCCCUCGCCAAAACCUUCUUACUGAUCCGAAACACAGACAGUUCUCUAACCCUCAUCUUGAAUCCUGACUCUGACACUGGACAAGAUGACACAGAAGCUCAUUCUCCAGGCACUGGCGGUCAUACAGGUGGUCAGAGGGUCAGUCAGCAGGGUGGCAGUACAAGUGAUCAGAGGGUCAGUCAGUCUGGUGGUAGUACAAGUGAUCAGAGGGUCAACAUCCAGGCCCAGCAGUGCACAUCCGUCUUGGGAAAGACUCUUAUCGAGAGAUAA